UACUGUACCUUUUUGUGGGCUAUUUCGCAGUUAGUACCAGCUGAUCUUUUUCAUAAUAAAUUUAAUAUUUGUUCGACUAAGUAAGAGUAGUAAUUUUACAAAAGGAUAAACUUUGUCAUAAAGGCCAUCUAGGUUUUUCAUGAUGUUUUUUUUCCACCGAGGUCUUUAUAGUGACAUGAUUUCUGACCAAUAAUUAACUGUAUUUAGUUGAAUAGUGUAGACAUUAGUUUGUACAUAGUAACAAAAAUGUUAGCUCUAGACGUUAUACCAGAAAGAUCUUUGGGCUGCGAACAAUGGGAAUUUGUUUUGGGAAUGCAUUUUUGUCAAGCAGUAGCUAUUAUCCAAUCCCAAGUCGGUAUUAUUAAAGGAGUUCAAGUUUUAUACAAUGAAAAGAAUCCUCUUAAAGUGGAUCUUAUUUUGGACCUCCCACAAGAUGGAAUUCGAUUUAUAUUUGAUCCCAUUCUACAGCGUUUAAAAAUUAUUGAAAUUAUUAAUUUGAAAAACAUUAAACUCAAAUAUUGUGGUGUACUAUUUAAUGCUCCUGAAGUUAUGCCUACCAUUCAGCAAAUAGAGCAUACAUUUGGUGCAACUCACCCUGGUGUAUUUGAUGCAGAAAAGCAAAUAUUUACAUUAAAUUUCCGUGGAAUUUCCUUUUGUUUUAAUGUUGAUUCUAAAUUUCAAGCUGGAAGUGCACAAUGUGGUCUAGGAUCUUUACAGUUUGCUAAUGGAACAUCUCCAAAUGUUAAUAGAGUUAUUAUUUUUUCUGGGCAUUCAUUACCUGGACAAGAUUCUCUAAAUGUUCCACCACAUCCUCUAUCCUGUUAUAAAGGACUAAGUUAUUUAGAACGAUUAGAAGUCAUACGUGAUCAUAAAAAUACCAAAGGAUUUUCAAUACAAAUUUAUUUAGAGGGUUCUGGUGCUAAUCGAGGACGUAAAGUGUCAUAUACCCGGGAAAUUCAAUUUGGUAUGUCAUGUCAAGAUGUUACUUCUUUGUUAGGUGCCCCAUCACAAGUUUUUUAUAAAUCUGAAGACAAAAUGAAAAUACAUUCACCCAAUGUCCAUAGACACAUAACUGUACCACGACGUUCAGAUUAUUUCUUUAAUUAUUUAACUUUGGGUUUUGAUAUACUCUUUGAUGCUAAAACUCACAAAGUCAAAAAGUUUAUUCUGCAUACAAAUUUUCCAGGACAUUAUAACUUUAAUAUAUAUCAUAGAUGUGACUUUACCAUAUCCAUAAUUACAGAAAAAUCAAAAUUCGAUUUAUCAAAUGACUGUAAAAAGUAUUCAGAUAAAAAAACAAAAUCAGUUAUUGUAAGUACAUAUACUAAGUGGGAUGAAAUAUCUCAAAAAUUUAAGCAUAGUGAACGACCUGUAGUUUUAAACCGAGGAUCAUCUGAAAACUCUACGAACCCAUUUGGAUCUACAUUUUGUUAUGGUUUUCAAGAUAUGGUUUUUGAAGUUAUGCAAAAUCAACACAUUGCUUCAAUAACAUUCUACCAAAAUAACAUUGAAGAAGAUGUAUGACGAAAACUUUUUGCCACAAAGAAUUCAGUGGCAAUAAAACAUUCUAUUAAUAAGUUAACUUCAUAUUAUCACUGAUGCAGUAUUUUAUUAGUUGUUAUAUAAGAAUCUGCAAAAUACAAAACAUAAAUGUUAUAAAGAAACAAGUAUUAUAAAAUGUAAAAAAAAAGUGUAUUUAUUUAUGCUGUAGAAGUGACAAUUUUUUAAUUUAUUUAUUUAGUUUUAAUUAUAUAAAAAUAUGUAUUUAUUUAUCUAUUUAAAAAUUAUACAAAUAAUAGAUAAAAAAAUAAUUUUCGUGUUUAUAUAAUAUUAGUUAGUAGAUUUUUGUUACAAACUUACUAUAAUUUAUUGUACAUAUUAUUAUGUACUCUAUAUACAUUCAUAUAUUUUUCUUGGUUUGCUUUAUUUAAAUUUUUAAUGUACUAUAAUAAUUUUAGGCUAUGUUUAUAUUUUAACAUUGUAAAUAAAUCCACUUUUUCAAUUUAUAUUUUUCUUAACAAUUUAAACUUUAUGCUUAAAAUUUUUAAUUAGUUAAUUUUUAUCUAAGUAAAAGUAAAUCCUAUUUUUUGAUCAUAUUUUAAAAUUAAAUCCAUUUAAAGAUUUAUUUUAUGAUCUCAAUUAAUAAUAAACAUGACAACAUUUAUGCAUUAAAUGUAUAUUUUUUUUUUAUCUCACAGGGUCAAAAUUUCAUUAUAAAAUACAUUAUUAUUAAUUUGUAUACAAUAUUAAGUUAUUAUUAAUUCAUUAUUACUAUAGAUCUAUGUGAUAGCUAUAAUACUUCAAUGUAUAACUUCUUAUCUUGUAGAUUAUUUAUUUAAAACUUUAGACAUAUAUAAGUUGUAAUGUAUGAUUUAAUUUAUAAAAAUUCCAAUCCUGUUACCAUGAUACAGAGUAUUUUUGAUGUUUAUGACAAAUAAGUAAAUAAAGUAUAUAGUUUAUGAAUGCA